AUGGCGUCCUUGCUCGGGGAGCAACUGUUUGAAAUAAGUAGUCAAGGUCCACCUCCUCCAAAAGAUUUUUUCCAACUUGUUAAUACGAAAAAUGAGGUAAUAUGGAGAUCAUGGAGGAUUUCUUUGCAACUUAAUUGCCGGGGCGCUCCACCCAAAGAGCUGAGGACAUCCCAUCUCGAAUUCCUACAUCACAAAGUGCUACAGCAACAAAUUGGCACUGUUUUUGGGCAGAGGAUCCUGGAAUACACAAUAUCACUUUGUCAAGGAAAGUUUGAUUACCUGGAGCGCUUACCUGAUAACAUGAUGCUCUGCAUCAUGUCCUACCUAAAGCUGAAAGAGACAACACUUCUGGCACAGGUUUCCCAUAGAUUCAGAAAGCUCUGCAAUUCUGAGAAGUUUUGGGAGCACACUGUGAGGAAUCGCUGUGAUGGGUUUACCAGUGACAUGGAAGGCAUAGCCAAUGCCAUGGGCUGGAGAAAGACCUUCUUUACCUUUUUCCACUCCAGUGGCAGGAAGGAGCAGCAGUGA